UCUGGUGAUGAAUCAAUUACAAUGUUUCACUUGUGCAAUAGAUUUUCUUCAAAAAAAUACUCAGUAUUUGUUAUUUUUACCAAUGAAAUCGAAAAGAAUUGUGUUUAUGUGUCUGAAAGCAUGAAAUUCAACAUAACAAACCAUUUAAAUUUAAAAAAUUCAAAUUCCUCCACAGGCUAUUUUUUAGUUGCAGCAGACAGAAAAUUCAUGUCAUUUGCAUCAGAAAUGAAAAUAUCACUGAUUUUUAAUCCUUAUGAUUCCACCAACAAUCUUAUAAAUAUUUUAUUGCAAAAUUAUUUUUCUACUCCAAAGUAUCUUAGAGUAAAUGAUAUUUUUACAGUCGAUAUAAAAAAUCACGCACCAGAAAUCAAGUACUCCACAUCAGAUUCAAAAGUGAAUGUACUACAUUUUAAAGUCAAAUCACUAAAGGCUAAAGAAAAUGAUUUUACUGUUUAUGGAAGUUUUAUUGUUUAUGGGCAAACAACUUUGAUUCAAGAAACCCACAUACACAGCUACCUCCCGCAAAAAUGCCUGUGUCAAAUUUAUUUAAACAAUCAGAUACAUUCUUCUGGCAGUUGGCCACCUGCUCUAAAAGAGUCACUGAAUCAGCUACAAUCUUGCAUAGCUCCGUUUAUGCAAAAUAGCUCGUACAUUAACAUCAAGCCAAUAUUUCUCGUAGAAGGUUCAAACGGUAGCGGCAAACGUCGACUUAUAAAAACGGCAGCCAAAAGUUUAGGUUUACAUUUUUUAGAAGCUGACUUGGCUGAGGUCCAGUCGCUAUCAUCUGCUCAAACCGAAGCUAAAUUACGAAUUAUUCUUCACAAUGCCGAGACGUGCGUUCCGUGCUUAUUGAUGCUUCAAAAUAUCCAGAUUUUCGGUGUUAACGCUGAAGGGCAAAAAGACGAGCGAGUUCUCGCCACUUUUGAAAGUUAUGUGAAUAAACUGUACAGUGAAAAAUCAAAGUACCCCGUGAUAAUCGUCGCAACGUCUACGGAUUCUGAAAUUCCAAUUGACGUAGAUAGAACGUUUGUUGAAAAAAUUGUUAUUGCCCAUUUGAAGCAGGAACAGAGAUCAGAAAUACUGUCGUGGCACAUGAAAAGAAAAGGGAUAAAGUACGACGUGGAUUUGCAAAAAGUAGCCGCGAUUUGUUCAGAUUUUGCAUUGGCCGAUCUUGAAGCCCUCGUCAUGCAUACCACCAAACGACUUUUCCACAGCAAGGACUCGUUCGAAGGAACAAGCCUAGUUUUAUCAACCGAGGACUUUAAUCAUGCGAUCGAGCACAUGCAGUCCGCAUUCUCGGACCAAAUCGGAGCGCCUCGCGUACCAAAAGUCCAUUGGGAGGAUAUUGGGGGUCUGGCCGAUCUGAAACGCGAAAUUACACGCAGAAUCGAAAUGCCCCUGCUCAUGAACGUCACCUCGGGUCUCGGCAGAUCCGGUCUUUUACUGUAUGGACCUCCGGGAACUGGGAAAACCCUUCUCGCCAAGGCAGUGGCCACCGAAUGCCAGCUCCACUUUUUGUCAGUGAAAGGACCCGAGCUGCUCAACAUGUAUGUCGGCCAGAGCGAGAAAAACGUCCGUCAAGUGUUUGCGCGAGCCAGAGCCGCGGCCCCGUGCAUAAUAUUCUUCGACGAGCUAGACUCCUUGGCGCCCAAGCGCGGUCAGAGUGGUGACAGCGGGGGUGUAAUGGACCGCGUCGUCUCGCAGCUGCUAGCCGAAAUGGACGGGCUCGAGAACGCGGGUGGCGUGUUCAUAGUAGGAGCAACAAAUCGACCGGACCUACUCGAUCCGGCUCUGUUACGACCUGGUCGCUUCGAUAGAAUGCUAUACGUGGGCGUCUACGCAGAGCCGGAGUCCCAGUUGGGUGUGCUUAGAGCCCUUACGAGGCGCUUCAACUUGGAGGAGCACGGAGAAGAGCUGAAGAAGCUGCUUGCCGAGCUUCCUGAGAACUUGACCGGGGCUGAUCUAUACUCCGUGUGCUCCGGUGCUUGGCUCAGAGCCGUUCGGAGACUCUUGACCCACAUAGAACCGAAGAAUCAAGAAACGUUUUGUGGCCAAGACGUCGUUGUCAAAUUGGAGGAUCUUCUUUGUGCCAGUAAGGAUCUUGUACCUUCGGUUAGCAAGGAAGAGUUGCUGCGCUAUGAAAAACUUAGAAAUGAAUUAUUACCUGUGAGGUGAUUUUUCUUG